CACGGAAAGACAGAGUGAAAAAAAAACAACCAGCAGCGUGUGGUUGAGGAAACUAUACUUCCUCUUUUGAGAGUGAUGGUCCGUUGAAAACGGGUGCACUUUCUUACCGGAACACAACAACCUGCUGAUUUUUCUGCAACAAGGAUGCACCUUUUUUGUGCCGUGCUCCUUUUGGCCUCUCUGGUCCUUGGACGCUCUUCGUCUGCCUUAAAUAAAGUGUGGGACGAGUGGCAAAUCAAACAUGGCAAGGUUUAUGAUAACCAGACUGAGGUCGUAUUCAGGAGGGCAGUGUGGGAGAAGAACAUGCAGUUGGUGUUGAGACACAAUCAGGAGGCCUCGGCAGGAAAACACAGCUUCACCAUGGGGCUCAAUCAUCUGGCCGACAUGACAGCUGAGGAAAUCAAUGAGAGGAUGAACGGCCUGAAGCUGGAGGAGCCUGUUUAUUUCAGCAAUGUCACUUUUAAGGAAGCAAGUGGUUUAUCAAUACCUCAGAGUGUGGACUGGAGAAAGAGUGGCCUGGUCAGUCCCGUCCAAAACCAGGGGUUGUGUGGGUCCUGCUGGGCCUUCAGCUCUUUGGGAGCUCUUGAGGGGCAGAUGAAGAAGACAACAGGUGUCCUUGUUCCCCUGAGCCCACAGAACCUGGUGGACUGCAGCACCAGAGAUGGAAAUCACGGCUGCAACGGAGGAUACAUCUCUAAAUCCUUCAGCUACGUCAUCCGCAACGGAGGCGUAGAUUCAGAGAGCUUUUACCCCUACGAACACCAGAACGGGAAAUGUCGGUAUUCUGCCAAGGGAAAGGCCGGCUACUGCUCUAAUUUCCACAUCCUCCCACGAGGAGAUGAGAAGAUUCUGCAGGCCGCAGUGGCGUCAGUGGGGCCGGUCGCUGUGGCCGUGAACGCCAUGCUGCAAUCUUUCCAUCUCUACAGAGGAGGUUUAUACAACGCACCAGGCUGUAACCCAAAGUUCAUAAAUCACGCUGUCCUAGUUGUUGGCUACGGCACAGAUGGAGGACAAGACUUCUGGCUGGUGAAAAACAGUUGGGGAACUGCGUGGGGAGAAAAAGGCUUCAUUCGAAUUGCCAGAAACAAGAAUAAUCUCUGCGGCAUUGCCAGUUUUGCAGUCUACCCUUCAUUGUGAAAACGUGAUGCGUCACUUGAAUCAUCUCAAUUAGAUUACUUAUUCAGCAUCAGAGAGCAUAUGUUUGUUUUCAUUUUUAGUCAUGAAACUGUGAAAAAAGUUAAAAAUACUGCCAAAAAAUAAAGUGUUUAAAAAGUUGAGUUUGCUAAAUUGCUGUAUUUGCUGUGGUAGCCUCGCUCAUCAGUGUUGUGUUGUUUUUAAUGAAUGCUUAUAGUUUCACAUACUAGAAUAGAAGCUCUAAUCUUUACAUUGUUAUCAAAUGUUAUCAAUUUGAUAUUUAUUUAAAUAUGAAUAUUUAAAUGUUGGCUUUGUUUUCAGUGUGAUACAGGUACCUUUAAGGCUUUAAUCAAAGUCUUCAAGAUGAUUGAAGAAACAUUCAAAGAUAUUAGAAGUCUCUUAUCUGCAUGUUUAGAAGGAUGACACAGGAAUGGAAUAUUAUCAUCAUCAUCAUUGUUGGUAAUAGCUGGACAAGGAAGGUAUUUUUAUUAUUAAUAAAGAUUAUUUAAUGUAAUGAUA